CUGCAGGAAACCUAAUAGAGUGAGAUACAACCGCAAAACAGAAAAAUGCUGUCAUCGGCAGUUGGCUCUGUCAAUAAAGCUUGCGAAGCUGAAAUGCGAAGAACUAUCUGCCGAGACCGAAGCUUCCUUCGGAAUCUAAGAAUCGACACCGCGCCUGCGAGGCUAGCCUUGGAGCCCGGAGAGGAAGGCACCAGCAAUGGCAAAAAAGAUGCACUAAGCAGGCAGCAACCGAGCAGCCAACCCGAGAGCUGGGAGCGCGCCGGCCCGGUGCAAGUGAAAGUGUAGGAAAACAUAUGCUUGAAGCGUGCAACAAUAAUCUGGAAAUGGCAGUCACUAUGUUUUUGGAUGGUGGAGGAAUCGCUGAAGAGCCCAGUACCAGUUCAGCAAGUGUCUCUACUGUCAGACCACACACAGAAGAAGAAGUUCGUGCCCCAAUUCCUCAAAAGCAGGAAAUACUGGUGGAACCAGAACCAUUAUUUGGUGCUCCUAAAAGACGACGGCCUGCACGUUCAAUUUUUGAUGGUUUCCGGGAUUUUCAGACUGAAACUAUUCGGCAAGAACAAGAAUUAAGAAAUGGAGGAGCUAUCGAUAAGAAAUUAACUACCCUUGCAGAUCUAUUCCGGCCACCCAUUGAUUUGAUGCAUAAAGGCAGCUUUGAAACAGCCAAAGAGUGUGGCCAGAUGCAAAAUAAGUGGCUGAUGAUAAACAUUCAAAAUGUUCAAGACUUUGCAUGUCAGUGCCUCAACCGCGAUGUGUGGAGCAACGAAGCUGUGAAGAAUAUUAUCCGGGAACAUUUCAUUUUCUGGCAGGUUUAUCAUGACAGUGAGGAAGGUCAGAGAUACAUACAGUUUUAUAAGUUAGGGGAUUUCCCCUAUGUUUCCAUAUUGGACCCACGGACAGGUCAGAAGCUAGUAGAAUGGCACCAGUUAGAUGUAUCUUCUUUCUUGGACCAAGUGACGGGAUUUCUGGGUGAACAUGGACAACUGGAUGGACUUUCUAGCAGUCCCCCCAAAAAAUGUGCCCGUUCAGAGAGCCUUAUAGAUGCAAGUGAAGACAGCCAGCUAGAAGCCGCCAUCAGAGCCUCCUUACAAGAAACACAUUUUGAUUCAACACAGACAAAACAGGAUAGCCGCUCAGAUGAAGAAUCUGAAUCUGAACUUUUUUCUGGCAGUGAGGAGUUCAUAUCCGUUUGUGGCUCUGAUGAAGAAGAAGAGGUAGAGAAUCUUGCCAAGUCCAGAAAGUCUCCCCACAAAGAUUUGGGGCAUAGAAAAGAGGAGAAUAGAAGGCCGCUGACUGAGCCACCAGUCAGAACUGAUCCUGGAACAGCCACAAACCACCAAGGGCUGCCAGCCGUGGAUUCAGAGAUACUGGAGAUGCCACCUGAAAAAGCAGAUGGAGUAGUGGAGGGGAUAGAUGUAAAUGGACCAAAAGCACAGCUGAUGUUGCGGUAUCCAGAUGGAAAAAGGGAACAGAUCACUCUUCCAGAGCAAGCUAAACUGCUAGCUUUGGUGAAGCACGUCCAGUCUAAAGGAUACCCAAAUGAACGUUUUGAACUUCUCACCAACUUUCCUCGAAGGAAAUUAUCUCAUCUGGACUAUGAUAUUACAUUGCAAGAGGCAGGCCUUUGUCCUCAAGAGACUGUCUUUGUACAGGAAAGAAAUUAACACCAUGGCUUGACCUCUCUCAGCUUACCCCUUUUUUCCCUUUUCCUGUGAGAUACCAUGUCACUAAGUAUGCAUUUUGGCUCAUACGACCACAGAGCCAAAGUUGGGCAAGCAAGUCACCUUCCUUCUCUUAUUUCUUGAUCUCUCCUAUAAUCAGUCUCUUUCUCCCCCUUUGUUUCUUUCUCCUCUUCUGUUUUCUCUCUCCCCUCUCCGUACCCUUCCGCCUCCCCCUCCCCCCACACUUUUCUUUCUUACCUAAUCUGGUGACCAAACUGAAGUGUAAGGAUAAGACCUCUCCUAGUACUAGCAGCAGGAAUUGUGUGUUCCAGUAAGUGGUCUCUUGCACGGCACUUUUUUGGGAUCAAAUGUUAACGUUACUCCCCAGACUCUUCAGGCAAAAGAAUGGCUAGAUUCAGAGUAAGAACAACCCUCCCUUUUUUGUAAGUCCCCGUGUUUAGCAGGGAGAAGAAAUUCUCUAACAUGGGUUUGGUUUGUUGUGUUCUUCAUGUGGAAAUGUCGCUUAACAAAAUAUCCAGGCUUUUGUUUACAUGGAAAAAGCAUCCCUUGUAAUGAUUGCUCAUCAUACUUAAAAACCUUUUUCAAAGGAUUUUCAUGUUCCCAGCUAUAAGGACUAUUUCCAUGACAUGUGUUAUUGGCAGAAUGAGUGUUAAAUAUGGAGCCUAUAGCAUGGGGUGACUUUCAUUGUCCUAACCUGAGACAGUUUUCCUUAUUACUCUGUAUUGAUCCUGCUAGUCCAAGAAUGGACAUGAAGUGAACCUAUCGUGGUGACUGGAUAGGAAGGUGCUUGCUAUUUUUGCCAGCACAGCAUAUUAGUUCCUUUGGAGCCCUCCAUUGUCUGAGUCUGCAGUGAUCUGUAGGAAGGCAGCAGGUCAAUAAUCAUGUAGUACAAUGGCUUGGAAUUGUAACCACUAUGGUUAUUGAUUGUCCUGUGUUGUUUCAGGCAUACUUAGGUAUGUCCCUGGGGAAAAAGAAAACCAUUCAGCUGAGAGUUGCUAACCAUGUUCUUUUGGUUAGAAAUAAUGAUUCAUUUUUUGCCCCUGGUUGGAAUAGUCUCUAAAAGGCUCUGGUGACUGAAUUGAACAUGAGUCCGCAUGCUGUUUUCUUUCAAAAGGUAUCAAAACGGAAAGCCUCUCUAAGGGGAAGACCUUUCAGCUCCAUUCAGAAGACAACAUUUAGUAAGGAGGAUGGCGGAGGUUACUAGUAAUUUUCAGAUGUCGUGGGUUUUUUCUGCCAACAAAACCCAAAAUCAAAUUAGAGUUGGUGAAAGCUUUCUUCAGUGUUUUUAGAAGAGGCCAUCCUGAAUCUGUAGAAUACCAUUUACACAUCAACUUCACCCUAUGCUCAUUUCGUAUUUUGAGCUUAAAUGGAGUCCUCUGAAGGGGUAGUCGUGAUUCUGGUGGCAAAACUAGAACUUUUAACUUGUAAAAUGAAAAAUAUUAAAUGGACCUUUUUGUCAGUUGAGGAUUUAGAUUGAUUCUUUUAUCUGAGGAGCGUAUGUUCCUCAGAUGUUGCGUAGAGACCUUUAGGUUUUCAUCUACUUUAAGAUUGCUCUCUUGGCAAUUAGGGGAUUUGGGAAAAGAAGAAAAAAAGAUGCUAUGUGUUGCUAGUACACAGCUAUAGGAUAUGGUUUCUAAUGGUUGAAUUAUGAGGAACUCUCCCUAAAGAAUGAGUUUUGUAUCUCCUCAAGGAAAUCAUGGAAAAAUCUGUUUAUUCUUCAGUGAGUCCUUUUGAAUUAAUGUUCUUACAUUUUUUUCUAAGUCUGUGUAAGUGCUUAUGUAUAAGUAUAUAAUUGUAUAAAUAUUUAUAAAUAUAUUUAUAUAAUUACGGUUUCAUUUCUACCUUGAGUCAAAGUUCUCUCUUUAGAUUGGUGACUGAGUAAUACUUACACUUUGGUGUUUUUUCUUAGGUUCUUGAGGCUUACUUAACUAGCAGCUUCUGAUUUAUUGAGUGAAAGAUGGUUUUCAUGUUAAUUCCUCAGUUGUAUCUCUGAACUUGCAUAACAUACUUGCCGUUUGAAGAAUAGAGCUGUAUACUGUCAAAGGUGCACUGGAGGGUAAAACAUUUGUUGGUAGUAGACAAGCUCAGAAAUCCAAAAAUUCAGGGAGGGCACAGGGUAAGAAGAGAGGUUUGCUCAGCUUUGUGCUCUGAUGGCACCCAUCUGUACUCCAGCAAAGCCAUAGCUGAAGCCCAAAUUGCUCAAACAUGUGAAGUCAAUCAUUUUUCCUAUAGGGCUCUGUUUCCUUCUCUUUACCUUCUAGCUUCUCUUGAUAAAAGUUGGGAGAACUGCCAACGUGUUCAUCAGUGAGAGGGUGUGGUUCUUUCUGAUAUGUUCAGCACGUGCAUAUUCAUUUAUGAGAAACCAAAGUAACUUCUUCAACUUGGGUUACCGUGGGAUAAUUAAGUAGAUAUAAAGUGAUUUAAAAGACAGCAUGGUACUUUCACCCAGCUUAACAUGCAGCUGGGAUGUCUACAAUACAAGAUGUGUGGGUUUCAUUUUAUUUUAUUUUGAGGCAGGAGUGUAAUUAUCUUAGGGUUGAUAUAAAGGCCCAUGGGAAGAGUUAUGGAUUGUACAUGGGAAGAGUCCAUGAGGAGUAUUGCCUUGCUCAAGAAUUUAAUCCACUGACAGAGUAUGCUUCUUCCAGUUUGCCUUACUUCCUCUGCAAGCUUCUUUGCUCCUUAGGGCAGAGGUUUUAUUGAAUAGAUUAAAUGAGGUCAGUAAGAUUAGUUAAAAAUAGUCAUUCCUUGUGGGUGUUGGACACAGCUUGAAAGGAGUGUUUAAAAAAAAAAGCUAGGGAGGAAAAGAACAAGAAAGAUAGACUUCGAGAGUGAUAAGAGAAAAAUACACGGAGAUGGAAUGGAAACUACCAGGAAGGCCGGGCGCGGUGGCUCAUGACUGUAAUCCCAACAUUUUGGGAGGCCGAGGUGGGCAGAUCACCUGAGGUCAGGAGAUCGAGGCCAGCCUGAGUAACAUGGUGAAACCCCAUCUCUACUAAAAAUACAAAAAUUACCUGGGUGUGGUGGCGUGCACCUGUAAUCCCAGCUACUCAGAGGCUGAGGCAGGGGAAUGGCUUGAACCUGGGAGGCAGAGGUUGCAGUGAGCCGAGAUCGCACCAUUACACUCCAGCCUGGGCAACAGAGCGACACUCCAUCUCAGAUUAAAAAAAAAAAAGAAGAAGAAGAAAACUAGUGGGAAAAAAGUGAGAGGAAUACUUUUUUGAAAUUGGUAUCGGAAGGAACUGGAGAAGAGAAAAGAACAGUGCCAAAUGAGAAAAGAACAGGAAACUUAAUACUAACUGGCAUGCACCAGAUACUUUUGUGUACAUUUUCCUCUUCAAUCUCCCUAAGAAUCGUGCAAAAUGUAUACUUUCUUCCCAUGUUAAGAAAACAGGUAUAGAGAACUUAUUCAGGAUGUCAUAGCUAGUGAGUGGCAAAUCAGAAUUGGAAUCCAGAGUCCACGCUGUGUUCUCUUUCAGCAAGAGAAUCAAGCUACCCAGAUGAUUCUCUUCUCAUUGUUUGGCUUUGUAAAGUGUCCCUUAGUUUUGUUCCCAUAAAUAUAGAGGAAGUAGUUGGGUUAAAGUUGUGGCAUUUGCACUAUGCCUAUACAUUUUUAUUUAUGCCAUUAUUUUGAGAGGCUGAUUAUUGCUUUUUUAAAAUGAUGCACUGGUGAAGAUGUGAAAGUAAAAUUGCCACGUGGCAUUAUUUGCCAAGAAUAAAUGAAAAGGGUAAAAAAACAAUUUUUUCUUUUUUUAAACAUUUUUCAGAAAAGAUACAAUUAUCCUUUUUAAUAGGCGAGCGCCACCACGCCCGGCUAAUUUUUGCAUUUUUCGUAGAGACAGGUUUUCACCAUGUUGGCCAGGAUGGUCUCGAUCUCUUGAUCUCGUGUUCCGCCCACCUCGGCCUCCUAAAGUGCUGGGAUUACAGGCAUGAGCCACUGCGCCCGAUCUACAAUUCUGUUUUCUGUGUCCCAUCCAUACCAGAUUAUUGAACCCUCUGUGUGUAUGUUUUUAAAUCUUGUAUAUAAUUCUACUUCCUUGACUUACAAGUCAACAAUUAGCUAUUGAGUUCUUUAUAGAAGUUGGAAAUAUUUUGAAAUCUGAGAUCUAAUUCCUGGCCAGGUGUGGUGGCUCAUGCCUGUAAUCCCAAUAUUUUGGGAGGCCGAGGUGGGUGGAUCACCUGAGGUUGGGAGUUCGAGAUCAGCCUGGCCAACAUGCUGAAACCCCGUCUCUACUAAAAAAUACAAAAAUUAGCCAGGCAUGGUGGCUGUCUGUAAUCCCAGCUAAUGGGGAGGCUGAGGCACAAGAAUCUCUUGAACCUGGGAGGCGGAGGUUGCAGUGAGCCGAGAUCACACCACUGCACUCCAUCCUGGGCAAUGGAGCAAGACUCUGUCUCAAAAAAUAAUAAAUAAGAUAUGAUUCCUGCCUGUUUUAUCCAGUUAGAGAGACACACUACACAUGAAAUUGGAGAGCAUGUAAAUGUUUACCUAUUAGUUCAAACUUAGAAAAAGGGAAGAAUAUGUUUUAGUUAGCAAAGUCUUAAACAAGACUGAAAAGUGGCAAGCACUGUAGCUCACGUUUUCUUUUGACUCACCUUUUUCUUUAGCUCCACCUUUUGUAACUUCUAGAUUUGGGGCAUGAAGUUCUGCCAGUAAGGCAUAACCAGUACCCAAGUAGGAAAGGAUUAUUGAUCCCCGGAGUAAAGAUUCCUAGCUUGCGGGGAUCUCACUAUUGAUCCCCCGGAGUAAAGAUUCCUAGCUCGCAGGAAUCUUACUUGCACACUUAGGGAAAAUACCAGAGGGAGCCACUAGCAACCGAAAAAUGAAGGAAAGAUUUAAUUUCUCUACCCAGGUACAAAUCCAAUGCAUAGUAUAGUAUCUAUUAUAUGCAGAAAGGGCACUGGAGAUGUGAGAGCCCUUUGGGUAACAGCUCUGCUAGUUGUUACCUUCACACUUCUCUUUCUUCUUAAUCUCUGGUUUCUCGUCUGAAAAAUGAGAUAAUUGGACUAGAUUAAUAGUUCUCAGCCUUUUCUAGAACAACAAAUUAGAUUAUCUCUGAAGUCCUUUUCCAAAAUUUCAUGCUUCCAGUCUCUCCCCGUGAUUGCAUAUUAUCCCUAGGCUAAUUAAAAGUGUGCUGGUUAAUCAGGUUCUUUGCUUUUUUUUUUUUGCUUUUUUUUAAUUCUGUGUUCAGGUAUCAUUUGACCAACAACUUGCUCUUAAUCUUACUGUGAUGGCUGAAAUCUCCAAAGAGGAGAGUCUAAUAGUUAUAGGUCUGGUAGUAAUAAUCUUGUAAACAAUUCAUUAUUUUUUAAAACUUAAUGCUGUGUGCCUAAUCAGUGUUGAGUGUGACUAAAAUGUAAAUGAGACCCAAAUAUGACACUAACGCUGGCACUAAAUUGUAUUUUUACUUGUGUACUUAAAGUACUUUACUGGCCUGUUGGGCAAUUGAUUUGUAUAAGAUUCACACCUGGUUUUGGCAGAAACAGCUUUUUAAAGAUACAAUUAGGCUAACUUUUAAAAAUGUUUUUUAUCCCACAGAAUGUAUCUUUAUUAUGUCAUUCUUACCGUCUCUCUGCCUUUUUUGACCAUCAUUUAACUACGCAGUGGUAAAUCAUGGGGUGCAGGCUGAUGAAUUAGUAGUCUUUGUAAAACUAAAAUGUAAUGAGCAUAGGAAGAGACAGCUCUUCUGGUGAACAUGGCAGUUUUCCGGUAAUACCAGCCUUGAUGAAUAGGCUAAAGACAGCUUUGUACUAUAGACAUUCAACUUCACUGGAUUCUCUGGCUUAGCGUUUCAGUUAUUGUCUUGCCGUGAAACAUGGUGUUGCACUGUACACAUUUUAGAAUAGUGGCAAGAAUGUUCUUUAGAACUGCAGAUAACCCAACAGAGAAUACCAUACCAAUAUAUCGGUUUCUCCUGUUACAUAGAGAUUUGGUAUUUCAGUGAUGGUUAUUAUGAUUUUUGACUCACCUGUGUGUCAGUCCUGCUAGAGAGACAGUAUAGAAUCAAGAAUUUCUUGAUGUCUUUUUAAAAAUAGAGAUUACAAUGGCCUUGCUAGUUUUCCUGUGAAGUGAACUUACAUGGCUGGAUUAUUGAAUGUGACAGACCCUUAAUUAGAAAUCUUUUAAUCCUGCUUUCCAUUUUACUUCUCCACCAUUUAUUUUUAACAUUCAUUCUCUGAAAAUAGUUAUGAUUUUUAGUGUAAUUGGCUAUGUUUAAGAAAUUCCAUUUCAAAGUCUUAAUAUGUAACAAUCUUCAUUUUUUAUAAAAUUGAAGGACAUUUUUGAGGCAAACUUACUUUUAUAGCUCAUUUUCUCUCUAGUUAAGGAGAAUUCUCUGGUUUCAUAUAGAGAAUGGCUAGCUCUGUGAUACCCCACCCUCUUUGUGGCCUACCAGUUGCUGUUGUGUUGCUUAAAAUUGCAGAUAUUCUCAUAAACAUGAUGAUUUUUGGCACAGGCCUUUCUUUGCCAUAUUGAUUUCAAAAUAAAGUUGGGCAAUCCAAUUUGAACUACUUUAAUAAACAUACUUUAGCAUUCCUGUAAUGAGAAAGUAUUUUCAAAAGAUAACCAGAUUUAUGUCUAGGAUUAGAGAUGGCAAAUACCGAUGAUAGUAUUUUUCCCAAGAGCAAUCACAUAUUAAUCUAUAAAUAUGAGAAGUCGCAUUAUUGUACUUAAUUCUUUGGCAACAAACAGCAAGUUUUUAUUGUUUAAUUGUAUUUCCUCUCUAGAGAUCACAAUACUUUGGGUAUUUUAUAUCCCUUCUAAAGGUCAUUUGGGUUUUCAAAUGGGAAGAAUAGUCAAGCUAAGCUGGACUAAACCUAAGUAAUAUUUUAUCUCAUCAAAAGAAGUUAUUAAUCUAACUGGGUUAGCAUGAGUCACUCAUUUUUUAGACAUGAUAAGUGGGAAACAUUUCAAAUCAUUAGAUAAAUUCUAACCUGGAAUUGAAUUCCCCCUUUCUUAAAAUCUUUUUAAUUUGCUUUUUUCAUAGACUCAGUAUGGAACUCUUAACUGAUAGGGGAGAGAUUCUUGAUCUGGAACCAUUCCCUGCCAUUCUGCUUUUUUCUCUCUAUCUAGGUAGCUGGUUCCAUAGUGCCUGUCACUAGGGUCCAUUUCAGUUUGAUGACAUUAGACCGUUUACACUCAGUUGUGAUACCUUGCUGUUUGCAGCAACAUGAUUUUACAGUAUGCUUUUCUCAAAGCUUUGCAUUCUUAAUGGAGAUAUCAAAUGGUGUAAUUCCAAAUAUAAAUAUGUUUAUGACACUAAUCAUAUGCUUUUAACAAUAACUUUUUGAUAACGUAUUGCCCUGUAAGUUAAACCUUACACGGAGUGACUGUUGCCAUCAGAAAAUCCCCUUUCACCUGCUAGUGAGAGUGAAAGUAGUACGUGGCCUCCACUUUUCAGUUAACGAGUAGCAAGCUUCUAGUAAGGGCUGCUUAUCUGACCCAUUUGGGGUCUUGGGCCUUGUUACUUUCCUGGGUUCCUCCCUUCAGCUGGAAAGGCUGUUGAAAACACUUGCCAGGAAACAGUAAAGCUGUGAGAGAAUCUUCUAGUCUUAGAUACAGAGAAAUGAGUACCAGUUGAUGCUAACAUGAUACUUAGACUUUGAGGGGCUUCCAUCCAAGCUUUGGCAUGAAUCUGUUAGACACGGUUUUCUUCACUCCUCUGAUAAUCUUUUUUUCCAGAAUGGUUUUUUGUUGUUGUUGUUGUUGUUGUUGUUAACAGAUUCUAAACAUCCAGUGUUGUUUUGUUUUGUUUUGUUUGCCCUUCAGGAAAGUCCUUUUUUGAGUAGGUAUUGAUUGUUCUUCCAUGGAAACUCUCAGCAGUGUCUGUGCAGGCUCUGUGCAUGCUUUGUGUGAGUUCAGUUUGAACAAUGCAUUUGAAAUCACCUGGGAUGUCCAAUUCUGGCAUGUCUUCAUUGAUUGUGUUUUUAAACAUGUUUCAUGUUUCAUGUCAUUUUCCAAACCUCACUUUACAUCUUACUCAGAGAAGUUAAUCAAGGAAUGAAAUUUCUAGGGGGAUAGGGAUGAUGAGGGUGGGUUGGGGGCUUGAGUGAAGUCAACUGGGGGUAUUUGCUUUAAAGUGUUUUCUAAAGCAGUUCCUAACAGUAUUUAGAGAUUCCCUGGGAUGUUUGUGUGCUCAACUUAUUCUGGACAAAGUGUGUGUGGGGGUGGUCUUACUGAGAUUUGCAUUCUUAAUGCAGGACAGGCUCUAAAUUUCAUCUGUACUCUAAAUUUGUGAUUGAAUCCAAGAAGAUAACAGAGACAGUGCUCCUGUUGUAAUGUUUCUGGCAAGUGCUCCCUAAAAUGCCAUCGAAUUCUGUUUUCUGGGCCUUUUCUCCCAUGGUGCUAGGAGAUACCAUUGAUUUCUGCAGCUCUUCUCAGUGGUGGGAAGAAGUCUUUGGGAUUGUUGAGCAAGGGGCAGCUGGACCAUCCACUAAAUUUUUUUGUUCAAGACACAUUAGAGACCCUCCUGUAUAUCUAGUAAGUCAUAAUAAAGGUGCUUGGGAAAGCCUUAAAUUUGAAGACACAUGGAGGCGGUAGAAAAUUAAACUUGUAAGAGGAGAAAAACAUGCCAUUAGGUAACGCAGAGCUGUAACUACUGGCUAAGACUCAAUGGAACUUCCACUUGCUCUAAAACCAGGGAAAUCUUAGAUAACUGGGUGUGAUCUACCUAUAGAUCUGCCUAGUCUAUAGGUAAUAAUUUCCAGAAGGAGGAUCUUGCUGUCAGUUGGGGAUCCUCUGGUUUGGUCUGUACCAAAUUGUGAAUACUCUUGCUGUGUUGUACCCAGUUGCUUUAUAUUAAUACUGCAACUUGAAACGGGGAGGGUGGGGGGGACAACGGGGUGGGGGAGGGAAGGGAGUGGGACGAUAAGUCUUUUGAAGACAUCAGCUCACUGUGCUGAGAGAGGGACCAAACUCAAGGAAACCUCUGAUCUAUACAUUCAACUGCUGCAUUUUUUUAUAAAUACAUGUAAAUGUCCUGUUGUAAUAUUUGAUCUUGGAAAUAAAAACAAAAACUUUUCAGUAUUA